GACGGGCGGGGUGGGAGCGGCGAGCGUGCCGGCGCCGAUGCCAGGCGGAGGCAGGGCCGCCCGCGCCUACAGGUACGAGCCCCUCCCAACCGGCGCGGGGGAGCCGCUCGACGCCGCCGGCGCGCUCGAGGAGGCGCGAGGCUCCGCCGAGAGCCCAGCCAGCCGGCAGCCCUGGGCGCCCGCAGGCCCAGCUGCCCGAGGGCUCGCAGCCGGAAGAGAGAUCGAGGCACCCCUGGCGCUAGAGCCGUGCAUGCUUGCCUGCGAGUGCACCGCCGCGUGCCUGGGCGUCAAGUUCGAGGCGGACCAUCGACGCUGCCAGCUUUGGAUCGGCCCCCCGGGCUCGAGCGCCACUCGCCGGCUGGCGGAGCCAGGAGCGCGCGCCUCGGGCAACGCCACCGGCGAGAACGGCACCCAGUGCCAGACUGAUUCGGCUACGGACAGUGGCCUGCCCAGGCGGCAAUGCCACCCCGACCGCAGGCUGGCGCCCGGCACGCCCGUUCUCGUCAGGGGUGGCGCGCCGGGGGAGUGGCGGCUCGGCGUGGUCAAGGUGAGCUACAACAGCAGCUUCAUGCUGGAGCUGAACCGCACAGGCAGCCUGCCGAAGGAGAUCCUCGCCCAGGCCGAGGCAGCCAAGGUGCUCGACCUGGGGCGCCUGGCUCGGCUGCAGGCGGGGGACCACGUGUUGGCCAAGGUGUCCACGAGGCUGCAGCCGGUGCAGGUCGUCAGG